CUAGAGAAGCCAAUCAGUGUCGCCGCCGUCCCGGUAGUAAGUCUCCUUGGAUCAGUGGGACUCGGCUUCUCCCUAAACCCCGAGAAUGGGGUUCCUACUGUCCCCGAGCCUCCUGCUGCUGCUCUCGAGUGCACCGGCGCUGACUUCGGCCGGGGCGGGUCCGCACUCCCUGAGGUAUUUCUACACCGCCGUGUCCCGGCCCGGCCGCGGGGAGGCCCGCUUCUUCGCCGUCGGCUACGUGGACGGCACGGAGUUCGUGCGGUUCGACAGCGACGCCGCGAACCCGAGGAUGGAGCCGCGGGCGCCGUGGAUGGAGGGGCCGUGGGAGGAGCAGGAGGACCCGCAGUACUGGGACAGGGAGACGCGGGACAUGAAGGGAGAAGCACAGACUUUCCGAGGGAACCUGAACACCCUGCGCGGCUACUACAACCAGAGCGCGGACGGGUCUCACACCUUCCAGGAGAUGUACGGCUGCGACGUGGGGCCGGACGGGACCGUCCUCCGCGGGUAUCUCCAGUCCGCGUACGACGGCGCCGACUACAUCGCCCUGAACGAGGACCUGCGCUCCUGGACCGCGGCCGACGCGGUGGCUCAGAUCACCCGGCGCAAGUUAGAGGCGGCUGGUGAGGCGGUGGACGUGAGGACCUACGUGCACGGCCUGUGCAGGGACUCGCUCCUGCGGUACCUGGAGCGCGGGAAGGGGGCGCUGCAGCGCGCAGACCCUCCAGAGGCGCGAGUGACCCGCCACCCCACCUCUGAGCGGGAGGCCACCCUGAGGUGCUGGGCGCGGGGCUUCUACCCUGCGGACAUCGCCCUGACCUGGCGGCGGGACGGGGAGGACCAGACCCAGGACACGGAGCUGGUGGAGACCAGGCCCGCGGGGGACGGGACCUUCCAGACGUGGGCGGCGGUGGUGGUGCCGCGUGGGGAGGAGCAGAGAUACACGUGCCACGUGCGGCACGAGGGGCUGCGGGAGCCCCUGACGCUGCGAUGGGAGCCGCCUCCUCAGACCAACACCAUCAUCAUCAUCGUGGGCAUCAUUAGUGGCCUGGUCCUGCUUGGAGCUGUGGCGGCUGCAGCUGUGAUGUGGGGGAGGAGGCGCUCAGGUGGGAAAGGAGGGAGCUACACUCAGGCUGCCAGCAGUGACAGUGCCCAGGGCUCGGAUGUGUCUCUCACGGCUUCUAAAGCGUGAGACAGCUGCCCUGUCGGGGAAUGAGUGAUGGAAGGUUCCUCACACACACACCCACCAGCCCCUGUUUGUGACUUCAGGGGUAUCUCACUUCUGCUUCUGCAACUGGCGUCUGAAUGUCUGUCUGUGUUCCCAUCAGCAUCACUGAGGAGGUGGGAGGCGGGCCCACCCGCCCACCAACCUCUUCCCACACUCCCCUGCUCCAGCAGAGGGGGGGCGGGGCCUCCCCUCCCCUCCUCUCCCCUCCUCUCCCCUCCCCAUCCAUGUCUGUGCUUCCUGGUGCCUGAGCUGCAGCUUCUCACUCCCGCGUUAAAAUGAGGCUCUUGAUGUAACUUUGUUUUUUCAGUUCUUGCCCUGAGUGGUCGGUGUGUUCAUUAAAAAGCUUAAGAUACUAAAUUUUUAAAGAAAUAAAUGAGAAGUUUCCAGAA